CCUGAUCCACACUUACUGCGCAUAAGCACGAACGACGGCGAAAAGCAUCAUGGUAGUAUGAGUCAGGAAAUAAAUACACGUCCAAAAAGAUCAGUUUUCAAGACCGUCUUUGUUAUUUUAUGUACAUCUAUUAUUUGCACUGGCUAAAUGGGCUAUCUGCUUUAAUUCAACCUCAUUAACAGAAUUAUUAAACGCUGUGUUUUGCUGUUAAGGGUUGUCAGGAUUAUGGGAAUUGCAGUUCUCCAGCAGAGGAUCCGCUACUAAGCUAAUCUUGCAGUGCCUGCCAUGUGGAUGUUACAGUGAACCAAGAGUUUCUACAACUUCAAGCUCGCUUUCAUUAUGUCUUUUUCUUUUAACUUCGAUGUUCCCGGCGGCACAACAAACCCAAACGAAGGGGAAAGUAAAAACAAGGCUGCUAAACCUGUGAGUAACACACGCUGUGGGGUAAAAUACUCUGUGAAAUCAUAGUUUUACAACUGACUGGGAAAGAUUAACCUGAUUAAAUGUGUGUUAGAGAAGUUAUGACAGCUAUGAGGUGAAGAAAUCAGGACCUUCUUUAUGAUUCAAGCUUAAUUAAACCGUCUUAUUCGCUGCAUUGUGCAAGAACAUAAUACACAUUACAAAGAGAAACAAAAAAAGACAUAUUGCUAAUAAGUUGCCAAACACCCAGUUGUUUUGAUUCACAUGUAUGAAAAGAUCUAGGUCGUCUGAUUAAAGUUUUAAUAUUUCAUGAACUAGUUUUAAAAUCUAUUGAAAACAUGUCACUGACCAAGACAACCAUGCCAUUUACAUUGCAAUAUGGAUAGAAAAUUGGUAUUAUGCAUAUUUUUAAAAAUCCAGAUAAGUUUUAUUUCUGUUUUUUUGGUCCAUCUCUACAGUGGCCAAGAAACGCCACUGCUGCAAAUAAAAAAAAAGAAGUCACAAUAGAAGUUACCGAUGCAAAAAAAAAGAAAAAGAAACUGAAGCCCACUGCAAAUAAAAAAAGAGACAAUGCAGGAAAAAAAAAAUCUGCGACUGAAGAAAACAACGCAAAAAAGUGAGGAUGAAAAAAAAGAUGACUCACUGCGAAUUAUAGUUUUAAUUACUAUUGCUUUUGUUUUAUACUAACAUGUACUUUUAAUGUAUUUCAUUGUGUAGGCCACAGUUUAUAGUUAUUAAAGGUCUUACUUGCAGCAUUUACCCAGCUCUAGAGAAAAAUGUUUGUUCUUUGUGAGAACUUGAAAAGAAAAAAAAAAAAGAGACUAAAAAUUAUCUGAAAUAAAGCACCAAGAAAAAAUAGUGGAACACACCUCUUUGCUACAGUCACACAGUAAACACAAACAAGCCAUGUGCAAAUGCAAAUCAGUAGUCUUGAUAAUUUUCCACUUGAAAAGGACUCCUUGAGAAUAAACAACAAAAAUAAGUUGACGUAAACAUCCACUAGAGAGCGUAGGUUCACAGUCUUCUCGCCCACUAAUCCUGAUAUCACAAAGUGGAAGCGUGUCAAUAACAAGUCAGUGGAAAUGAUACAAGUUCAUAAUGAUGGUGGAUCAGAGGAGUUGUUGAGUCAGACACCACAGUUCUGAGGCAAGCAAAAACAAAGUCAGGCCUUUUUUUUUUGAAUAGAUGUGCUGUGGGUGUGAUGAGAAAAAAACAGCCUAUCUAACCGCACGUUCAUCAAGAAAUCAUCACGAAGCUUUUGACCUUUAGCUGGAUCACAUUUUUACAAAUGAAGAAAAAUUGGUCGUCAGUCGGCUCAUUGGAAAAGGCGCUGGGAGAGAUUACUGUUCACUGUUUUUUACCAUUCCACAAACAUAACAGAGCUCAUAGCAGUGUAUCAGAUUCCAUGUGAGGCAUGUUAACUUAUAGCUUAGAUACAAACUUAUUCAAGCCUGGAAAACCCUUCAUUUGACAACUACGCCUAUGUUUGCCAGUUGGUACAAGAAGAAUGUUGAGCUUUAGUGAAGAAGAAAUGUGAAUUAUGGUUUUAGUUAAGUGAUGGUUUUGAUAUUUCUGUCUUUUCUCUUGCUCAAACAUGUACUUUCCAUACCAUAUGAAACUAACUACAUCUUUGAAUACCUAAAACACUGAUAUCAUUUAAUCUUUGAGUCCCCCAUGCUGAAGUUUCUCCUCUGACUACACAGGCUCAUUGUAUUACUGAUUCUAAUCACAGCUAUAAUGCUAUAAUGUAAAAUUGAAACUGAAGGUUCUUAAGCACACAGUCUCUCUUUUUCCAGACUGAGGAUCAAACUGAUCCAGCAGAGCCGGUGAAAGAGGCCAAAGAACACCGUCCAAAAUCGGACCCCCAGUUUCUCCUCUUCGAUGCUGUGGCUGAAACUGUCACGAUAGGAACUCUUCCUCCUCUUCACUUCCUCAAUGAGACGGUGUUUGAAAAGACAGCUGCAGAGAGAGAGGACGUGGAGAAAAUCCUGUCUCGCACCGCUGAGCAGAGGUCUGAUCUCAUCUCUGGCGUGUACGAAGGAGGGCUGAAGGUGUGGGAGUGCACCUAUGACCUUCUGGAGCUGAUUGAGAAAGACGGUGAGACUUUCAGGGGAAAAGCGGUUUUGGAUUUGGGCUGUGGUGCAGGGCUCCUGGGGAUAUUGGCACUGAAGAGAGGAGCCAUGCAAGUCCACUUCCAAGAUUAUAACAGUACAGUUAUUGAACAGCUCACAGUGCCAAAUGUAAUCCUAAACUGCCAAGAAGAUGACGAAGUAGACAGUGAAGACGACGUAGAAGGGAAGGGCAAGGGAAAAGUACAGGAGAGAGAUGGCUGUAAGAAGUUAAAAAAGACACGAGAGGAAGACGAUGGCAUCCCAACUCCGAAAAAAAGAGCCGUAGAAAAAGACCUCUCCCAGCACCAGGAUCUCGCCAAGUGUCGUUUUUUUUCUGGUGACUGGAGCACAUUUCUUGCUUUGGUAUUAGAGGACAACCCACAACCUAAAUAUGACAUUAUAUUCACCUCAGAGACGAUCUACAACACAGCAUAUUACCCCACACUACAUGAGACCCUUCACAAACUGCUGGCUCCAGAUGGGUUGGUUUACCUCGCCACCAAAUCCCACUACUUUGGUGUCGGUGGUGGACUUCACCUGUUUGAGACGUUUGUGGAGGAAAGAGGUGUUUUCUCUCUGGAUCACCUGUGGGACGGGGAGGAAGGACUUCAGAGGCACGUUGUAGUUCUGCGUUUUAAAAAACAAGAGGGAAACUGAAUUCACCACAUUCGUACAAAACCGCUUUUCUGUUUUCAAUCAAGACCAGAGAGGAGGGCUCAGAUAAUGUCACAAAGUCAAACAGCUCUGUUCUGAGUCACAUGUAAAUAAAAGCGUUUUAAAAAAGCG